CCGAGCUAAGUUUACCCUGGAAUGGGUUUACCCUAGGCUGGUGGGGGUCGGCACUGGGGCUCUUCAAGGACUUGGAGGGGCGGGCGAGGAGAACCCACCCUUGUGGAGAAAACAGUUCCACCGAGGCCCGAGGACAAAUGGAACGAUGCUCGUUGACUUGCUCGGCGGAGCCUUAGGGAGCUGUUAGCACGCAGCUGGGCCUGUUAUAGGCAUCGUGGGUGUUUUCCUCUUGCCCAGCCUUUCGAAGGACCAGAGAAAACCCUUUCCGUGGGCCCCCAGGCCAUCUCACACGCACUGGUCAGUUCGCCUUUCUCAGACGAAAGGUUCUUACCCUUUAAGGUACUUCGAGCUCUUAGAUUUUCCUCCGAGUGUCCGGAGCCCGCGAUAAAGGGACUUCGCCAGCCUUGUCCUUAGGUGUGCCGGAGAAGCCAGGAUGGAGCAGAUGUUAUUUGCCCUUGGAAAAACAAAUCUGCCAAGAGGCACUCCAUCUGAUCUGAGCCUCCUAAGAAUACCUGACAAUUUUGUCUCAACAGUAGAAAUUCAGCCUCUCCAAAACCCCAUCCGUCUAUGGGAGAGUUCAAGCUUAAGUAAAUCGAACCCUCCUCCCAAUUGUGUUAAUCCACCCAUCAGUAUUGUGCUUGUGUUAAAACCCAACCAAAAUCAAAUCAUUUUUAAGCACACGGCUGUUUUCAGCAAUCAUGUUUCUUUCAAGUCCACCCAAAAACAGAAAACAAAAAGCAGUUUUACCACUAAUUUCAGUUGGUUGCAAAAUCUGUUACUUGAGAUCCUCACACUAGGAUGGGAAAGUGGAUUCCUGAGAUGGCUCCAGGCAAAGGGAGGUGUGUUUCCUUGCAAGAAAAAUGUUAACCCCAAAACCGAGUCCUGGAGAUUAGUUCCCAACCAUGCAAGAGGCAGGAGAUCAUUGCUUUUUGCUGAUGGACUCUGUUUAGUUUGAGUGUGUUUUUGUUUUUGGCAGUGUCAUCUUUAGGUAACUUUCAAAAAAAAAUCUAUUAAUGUUUUAAUAAGCCAACAUGUUCAGAAGCUAGUAUUCUAAUUAACUGAGUUAUCUUGUUAACCAACUGAUACAAAAUACUCUGGUAAGGUUAUUCACACCUUACUUCUUAAUUUAGGUUAAGCUCUUUGGUAGCGUCUUAAUUUUUACAAAUUCAGAAUGGAAACUGCUUUUGACUAACUGGUCUAGAGAGAAGCUUUAUAAAAACAGAGAUGAGGUUUUUAAAGUCCAUAGAAAUUAUUUCUGAAUAUAGAAAACAGAAGUAGAAGGUGUCAGAAAUUCAAGUAUAUAUUAAGUGUAGGAACUAUUCAUCUUAAUUUAACCCCCCCCUCCUCAUACUGGAGAUUUUGCAUUACUUGUAUACAAGCUAACACCACUAUUUUAUGCCCUUAUAAGGGUGCACAGCAAAGGAAACCAUAAAUAAGACAAAAAGACAACCCUCAGAAUGGGAGAAAAUAUUUGCAAAUGAAACAACAGACAAAGGAUUAAUCUCCAAAAUAUACAAACAGCUCAUGGAGCUCGGUAUCAAAAAAAACUAUAUGAUUUUAUUAUAACAUCUUUGUAUUGCUCAAGUAUUCCUCUUUUGCCACAAUGAGCUUUUGAGUGGAGAUCUUUCAUUCUGAUUGGGAUAAGAUUAGGCUGUUCAGUAGCAGUGGCCGCUAAUGGCUUGAGGCAUUUAAUGUUUGUUAACCAGGGUGUUACUCUGUGUCAUUUAUUUUUAUAUACAAAACAGCUUGUCAUUGGCGGGGGUUGGAGGAGGGACGUCCUCCACAGCAAAAAUGAGGAACUCUAAAACUUUAUAGUUUAACCAUUGAAGAUGAAAAGGAAUAAUCAGGUGUACAUUUAAACGUGACUUUUUUCAUCUUUUCUGUCCUUCAUGAUUUUUUUUUACUAUAUCAGAUAAUUACUAAAGAUUUCUAUGUUUAAACCAGGACUUGCUGUGAUGAAGGUAGUUUUUACCUUUCAAUUUGAACCUUCUGGGAAGUCACACUAUAUUCUUGGCAUCAUAAUUCUCUCUUUGGCACCUGAUUUCAUAGACCACAAUUAUGACCUCACCAAACAGCAUAUCUUCGGUAAUUUCAUGGUUUCCAAGUAUUUCUUAAAUUGGACCAUGCCAAGUAAAAUUGUCUGCAGGUCAUUUUCUAGAUACCUUUUCACUGAGCUUCGAAAACAAAAGUCCAUGAAAUAAUCCGUUUGCAGAGUGGGCUUGUGGAGUGUUAGCCACAGGUUCCUGAGCUUUGUAAUGUAGGGAUCCUAAGCACCUUACGUUUGUGGUGACGUGUACGAUUUUUUUCUCUCCCUCGGUGGUAUUACCUCUGUUUUACAGAUGUGGAAACGUGGCCAGAGUUGCACAGUGAGUAAAUCGUGGAGGCAAGGCAUUGAUGCAGGUCACGCUGACUACAAAGCAGUAUGGCCUUUCAGGGACAAAAAAGUGAGAGGGGGAGUCAAGAAGAGACCGUUGAGGAAAAUGAGCUAACGCUUUCUAAGCAGCUGGGGGAAGAACAAAUCUGGAGAUGUUAUGAAAGGUCCUGAGCAGGCAGAGCCACGCACUAUGAGCACCUCGGGUCUGUUCCGUUUUCCUACCCCACUGACCAGAGUGUGCAUGGUGCCCUGGGGACUCCGGCUCUGCGAGAAGCCGGAACUCUUAUCCCCUGGAACAGCGGUCACUCCAGUCCAGGCGGCAGGCAAGAAGGACCACCCUGCUCUGCUCUCCCUGGAUGAGAGUGAACUUGAAGAGCAGUUUGUAAAAGGACACGGGCCAGGGGGCCAGGCAACCAACAAAACAAGCAACUGCGUGGUGCUCAGGCACAUCCCCUCAGGCAUUGUGGUCAAGUGCCACCAGACUAGAUCCGUCGAUCAAAACAGAAAGCUAGCUCGGAGAAUCCUGCAAGAGAAAGUGGAUGUUUUCUACAACGGUGAAAACAGUCCUGUUUACAAAGAAAAACGAGAGGCAGAGAAGAGAAAGCAAGAAAGGAAAAAAAGAGCAAAGGAGACCCUAGAGAAAAAGAAACUCCUGAAAGAACAAUGGGAAUCAAGUAAAAAUGUGCCCAGAGAAAGGACUGCAGAUUCUGACUGAAAGAACCUGCCGGAUGGGACUUCGCUGGUGGCGCAGUGGUUAAGAAUCCGCCUGCCGAUGCAGGGGACACGGGUUCGAGCCCUGGUCUGGGAGGAUCCCACAUGCCACGG